AUGAGUUCAUCCUAUCGUUCGUUGAUUCCCUAUGGUCCUCCAAGUGCCUUCCGACGUCAACCACAAGCAGAACGCAAUGAAGCCAUCGUUGAAAAUUUUGCCAAUUACCAUUCUUCUUCCACAACAGAAAAUGAUCAUCAAAUGGAAACUGAAAGAAAAAUUGCACUGAUUGAACUGAAAAUUGAACUCGUUCAAUUACGAAAGAAUUUACAAUCAUCAUCAUCAUCAUACGAGGAGGAUGAACGCUUGAAAAUGGAACAUAAAAUCAGAUACUAUUCUGAGAAAAUGGAGGAAACGAAAAAAGUGUUACUCCAAAUGAAGGAGGUCAAAGAGAUUGGAAAAUUUGUGGAACAAGUGGAAAAGGAAGAAGACAUUCAAGUGUUGAAAGACAUGAUCACACAAUUGACUCAGCAAAAGUUCAAAAAUGAUUGUGCGCUGAAUUGA